GAAUGAAUGGACCGCCAAUGGUGACCGAUGGGAGGGGAAAGCUCUUCUAUAAAUCCCGGUCUGAGGACACCGCACUGACCGGAGAGCUGUCGGGACGGUGUCGGUGAGUGAGAGCGAGCUCCUCGGCUGGAAAAACAGGAAUCUUUGUAUCGACCCCUGGUACUAGUAGUAGUACUAGUAAUAGUAAUAGUAAUAGUAGUAGUAAUAGUAGUAGUCGUACACAAGUCCAACAGCAGGGAUCAGCCAUGCCUUUCGGUAACACACACAACCAGAUGAAGAUGAAGUUCACCUCGGAGCAGGAGUACCCCGACCUCAGCAAACACAACAAUUAUAUGGCCAAGGUCCUGAGUCCAGCCAUGUACGAGCGGCUGAGGAGCAAACAGACACCCAGUGGCUUUAGUCUGGAUGAUCUCAUUCAGACUGGGGUUGAUAACCCAGGCCACCCCUACAUUUUGACUGUGGGCUGUGCUGCUGGAGAUGAGGAGACGUACGAGGUCUUCAAGGAGCUGCUGGACACUGUGAUUCAUGACAGACAUGGAGGAUACAAACCCACAGACAAGCACAAGACUGAUCUGAACCCAGCCCACCUGAAGGGUGGUGAUGACCUCGACCCCAACUACGUUCUGAGCUCCCGCGUCCGCACAGGGCGCAGCAUCCGGGGCUUCUGCCUGCCCCCACACUGCAGCCGAGGAGAGAGACGCGCUGUGGAGAAGCUCUCCAUCGAAGCUCUGGCCUCCCUGACUGGAGACCUGAAGGGGAAAUACUACGCCCUGAAGGACAUGACGGAAGCUGAGCAGCAGCAGCUCAUUGAUGACCAUUUCCUGUUUGACAAGCCAGUGUCUCCUCUGCUGCUGGCCUCAGGGAUGGCCCGUGACUGGCCUGACGCCAGGGGCAUCUGGCACAACGAUAACAAGACAUUCUUGGUGUGGGUGAAUGAGGAAGACCACCUGCGUGUGAUCUCCAUGCAGAAAGGAGGCAACAUGAAGGAAGUGUUCACUCGCUUCUGCACCGGUCUCACCAAGAUUGAGAGCCUGUUCAAGGAGAGAGGCCACGCUUUCAUGUGGAACGAGCACCUGGGCUACAUCCUCACCUGCCCAUCCAACCUCGGCACAGGUCUGCGUGCAGGCGUACACGUGAAACUGAGCCACAUGAGCAAACACGCCAAGUUUGGGGAGGUUCUCAAGAGGCUGAGACUCCAGAAACGUGGAACUGGUGGCGUGGACACGGCUGCUGUCGGCGGAGUGUUUGACAUCUCUAAUGCCGACAGGCUGGGCUUCUCUGAGGUGGAGCUGAUGCAGAUGGUGGUUGAUGGAAUCAAGCUGCUGAUUGAGAUGGAGAAGAGGCUGGAGAAGGGCCAGUCCAUUGAUGACCUCAUGCCCGCUCAGAAGUAAAACCAUCUUAAAGCCAUGCACCCAUCCCCUUCCCUGGGAUUGGAUGUUUAACCCUGUCCUAGAAUGCACUCAGUACUACAGUCUGGAUUUGUUUGUGUAUUUAAGAUGUCAGUUCCUGUACUGUGAGGAUGGAUCUGGAAUUGAAUAAAACAUGCAGUUCAAGUGGAACUCUGA